AUGCUGGACCGCGUGCCCGGCGGCGCCGCGGCCGCCGCGGUCGUGGGCACGCGCGUCACCAUGGCGGCGUCCUGGGUGCGUCGCGUGUGGGCCACCGUGCGCCGCCACUGGGACGGCGCCUGGGGCGCGCUGUGCGACCGCGUGCUGGAGCUGCCCGAGGUGUGGUCGUGGACGGGGCCCUACGAACCGCUGCAGCAACCCGCGCCGGCCGCCAGCCACGCCAACGUCCACUCGCACUCGCACAGCCACGGCCACAGCCACGGCCACAGCCACAACCACAGCCACGGCCACAGCCACCGAGUGGCGCCCGGCUGUGCCCAGCAGAAGCAGCUCUCGGAGCAGACCAUCGCCCUGGUGCGCGCCAACCACCACUCCAAGAGCGCGUAG